AUGCCAACGCCGCGCUACCGUCCCGGCCGCCGCGCCCUUCUCCUCCUCCUGGCUCUGCUGCUGCCCUCGUUGCCCCCGGCCCGAGCCCCCGAUUCCCCGGGCCCCGCCGCCGCCCUGUUGCAGGCUCUCGGGCUAAGCGACGCUCCCCGGGGAGCCCCCACGCCCCGGCCCGUACCCCCAGUCAUGUGGCGCCUGUUCCGCCGCCGGGACCCCCAGGAGGCCAGGGCAGGCCCGCGGCGGACGCCCCUGGGGGCCACCCUGCGACCAUGCCACGUGGAGGAGCUGGGGGUCGCCGGGAACAUUGUGCGCCACAUCCCCGACCGCGGUGCGGCUGCCCGGCCCCCGGAGCCCGCCUCGGCCACGGGGCAGUGCCCCGAGUGGAUCGUUGAAUUCGACAUGUCGGCCGUGGACCCCGUCGAGCGCUGGAGCAGCGCCCGCCUGGAGCUGCGCUUCGCGGCAGUGGCGGCAACAGUGGGGCCAGCGGGAGGCUGGGAACUGGGCGUGGCACGCGUGGGCGCGGGUCCCCGGUCGGAGCUGCUCCGCCAGGCGGUGCCGGCCCUGGGGAGGCCGGUGCGCGCCGAGCUGCUGGGCGCCACGUGGGCUCGCAACGCUUCGGCGCCGCGCAGCCUCCGCCUGGCGCUGGCGCUGCGCUCCCGGACACCCGCUGCCUGCGCGGGGCUGGCCGAGGCUUCGCUGCUGCUGGUGACCCUCGACCCGCGCCUUUGCCACCCCCUCGGCCGGCCACGGCGCGAGGCCGAGCCUGCGAGGGGCGGCGGCCCUGGGGGUGCGUGUCGCGCGCGGCGUCUCUACGUGAGUUUCCGCGAGGUGGGCUGGCACCGCUGGGUCAUCGCGCCACGUGGUUUCCUGGCCAACUACUGCCAGGGCCAGUGCACGCUGCCCGCCGCGCUGUCUGGACCCGACGGGCCGCCCGCACUCAACCACGCUGUGCUGCGCGCCCUCAUGCACGCAGCCGCCCCAAGCGCCGCCGGCCUGCCCUGCUGCGUACCCGCGCGCCUGUCGCCCAUCUCCGUGCUCUUUUUCGACAACAGCGACAAUGUGGUCCUGCGGCACUAUGAGGACAUGGUGGUGGAUGAAUGUGGCUGCCGCUGAAGACGGGCAGGGAGGGGAGACUGAGGCUACAGUAAAAACUGCAUGGUCCUCC